AUGCGUCUCUUCACACUGGCCACCGCGUUGGCCCUUAUUGAUCGACAGGUGCUAGGAUUGAAUGCGGAUGAAUGGCGUAGCCAGUCUAUCUAUUUCAUCAUGACAGACAGGUUCGCUCGGACGGAUGGCUCCACGUCCGCUCCCUGUGAUCUCGGCCAACGGAGAUACUGCGGUGGCAGCUGGCAGGGCAUAAUCAACCAGCUUGACUAUAUCCAAGACAUGGGAUUUACUGCCAUCUGGAUCACACCCAUUACUGAGCAAAUCCCUGAAAUAACCGGAGAGGGAACAGGCUUCCACGGCUACUGGCAGAGAAAUAUAUAUGGCGUUGAUACCCAUUUUGGAACGGCCGAAGACAUUCGAGCCUUGUCCAAAGCCUUGCAUGACCGGGGCAUGUAUUUCAUGCUGGACGUUGUUCCUAACCACAUGGGCUACAACGGGCCUGGAGCUUCAACUGACUUCAGCACCUUUACACCAUUCAACUCGGCGUCCUACUUUCAUUCCUACUGCCAAAUCAAUGAUUAUAACAAUCAAUGGCAAGUUGAAAAUUGCUACCUUGGCAGUGACGUUGUCUCCUUGACCGAUAUUAACACCCAGAGCUCUGAGGUUCGCAGAAUCUGGUACGACUGGGUUAAUGAUGUGGUUGGCAAUUAUUCAGCUGAUGGUAUUCGCAUUGAUACUGCCAAGCACAUUGAGAAGGACUUCUGGCCAGGCUAUACCCAGGCUGCAGGCGUCUACAGUGUUGGUGAAAUCCUACAUGGUGAUCCUGCAUAUACGUGCCCUUACCAACAAUACAUGGAUGGGGUUAUGAACUAUCCCGUAUACUACCAACUCCUUGAUGCCUUCAAGUCCUCGCGUGGAGGAAUGGCCAACCUUCAAAACAUGAUCAACUCUGUUGGUUAUCAUUGUCAGGACCCAACUCUACUUGGCAGCUUCAUUGAGAAUCAUGAUAACCCCCGAUUUGCCAGCUACACCCAGGAUAUGGGCCUGGCCAAGAAUGUACUUGCAUUUGUUUUCUUUGCAGAUGGAAUCCCCAUCAUUUAUGCUGGACAAGAGCAACACUACGCAGGCGGGGGAGACCCUUAUAACCGUGAGCCGGUCUGGUGGUCCAGCUACUCCACCCAGUCUGAGCUGUAUAAAUUCAUUACCACCACCAACAAGAUCCGAAAGCUGGCAAUGUCGAAGGAUUCGACUUAUAUUACUGCACGGAACAACCCUUUCUACAGUGAUAACAAUCAUAUUGCUAUGCGUAAGGGCACUGCCGGUUCCCAGGUUCUCACUCUCCUCACCAACUUCGGCACCAAUGGCGGUUCCUACACCUUUAAUCUCUAUAAUCACGGGUACAGCGCUGGUUCUAAACUGGUGGAAGUGUACACCUGCUCCUCCGUCCAAGUCGGCUCCAAUGGAGCUAUUCCGGUCCCAAUGACCGCUGGCUUGCCGCGAGUCCUUAUUCCCGCGUCCUGGAUCUCCCAAAGCGGACUGUGUGGUAGUUCGCCAACUAGUACAAUAACCACAGCAACUUCAACUACCACAUGCGCUUCAGCUACCGCUACAGCACUUCAAGUUGUGUUCGAGGAACGUGUGCAAACUAGCUAUGGGGAAGCUAUCUUCAUUGCUGGUUCCAUUACCCAGCUCGGAAACUGGGACGUGAAAAAGGCGAUUGCCCUCUCAGCAAAUCAAUAUACGUCCACAAAUCCGCUAUGGACCUUGACUAUGGAACUGCCCGUGGGAACUUUGUUUGAGUAUAAGUUCAUCAAGAAGCGGCAGGAUGGGUCAAUUGUCUGGGAGAGCAAUCCGAAUCGGUCUAACAAGGUGAAUGAAGGAUGUGCUGGAUCGAAGCAGACAAUCAGCAGCUCUUGGAGAUGA